CAAGCAACAUUAUUUGAGGGCAAAAAAAGAAAUCGAUUUGGGGGCGGCUGUUGUUGAAGGAUAAGGUUGCUAGGCUGUUCGAAUCUCGAUCGAUAUUCGCCGUCGAUUUCAUUUUACCACCAUCGUUGUUCAUCGGAGUCUGAAGAAUCGUGUUCCGGUAAGAAAUAUCAUCGCCUUUGAUUGAUUUUCGGCCUCAAAAAACAAAAUCAUAAUUUGAGGUUCGAAAGACGAAGAUCGUCACCGAUUUGACUGUCUAAUUUCAUACAUCGCAUAAUCAAUUUGACAGAUCUGCUAUAUUCACAUUGAUUUCUGAUACUCGGUUUCCUUGUAUUUUCUGUAUUGAAUCGAACAAUAUCCUGUUGCUUUCUGUUUGGGAUUUUGUUCGGGGUUACGAAUUAGGGAUUCUCGUUACAAAUUUUGUUUUCAAAAGGAAAAGCGAUUGAAUUUGUUGAAUUUUGGGGGCUGUAGCCUAGCCGGAUAUUUAGAUCUCCGCUAGGGUUUCAUCUUUUUAUCUCUUUGUUCUGUUAUUUGGUUGCUUAAAAUCAGUUGUUGGUGUUGCUAAUUAUGGCGGCAGGACGACAGAUCUCGAGGAAAAGCUACUCGAGUCGUUCCGAGGAAGAAACUCUUUCUUAUAACAAUCGAUAUAAUCACAGAUCUUUUGUUAGCGAUCAUGAUCAAAGAAGACAUCGAUACGUUGAUGGUGAUUAUGACAGGGACAAUCGUCGCACGUCUUCACAACCGAUUCAUCAUGGGCUGGAAAACAGAAACAAAGCAGACGAUGUUUCUGGAAACAACUCAAGAAGAUCUGACGCUACCAAGAAAAGGAAAUUCUCGCCUAUUGUCUGGGAUAGAGCUGAGAAGCAGGUGAAGAUAUCCUCCGAGAACAGAAUCCUUCCUACCAAAACUGUUCCCUAUCAAUCUCCUCCAUCCAAAGGGAAGUUUGAAGAUAUUAUUGCAGACACGAAGAUCGAAAUUUCUCCUGUUGAAUCUCUUGUAUCCAAUCUUUCAGAUGAAGUGGGAGUAUCAAGAGUAUCAAGCUCAUUGGCUACAAACACACCCGAAGAACAUGAUGAAGAACCUGAGCAAGAAGAUGGAGAAUAUGUGGAGGAACGAAACCUAUCCAAAUCAAAGUGGGCUUUCAAAGACUCCCCACAAAUGGCAUCAAACACCAACAAUUCUAGCCCCGAAAGUGGUGAAUUUAAGCAAGAACACAUUGAAGAUACGAUUGAACAAAUGUCAUGUUUAUCUGCUGAGGAAGAUCAACAGUCCAAGUCUCUUGAUGAUGAAGAAGAAGAAGAAGAUGAUGAUGAUUAUGAAAGAAUCGAAUCCCCUGUAAGCAUGAUGCCAUCCUGUAGAAACGUGUUCGAGUAUGAACGACUAGGGAAAAUAAGUGAAGGCACAUACGGUGUUGUAUACAAAGCCAGAGACAAAAAAACCGGAGAAAUAGUCGCAUUAAAGAAAGUAAAAAUGGGGAAAGAGCGUGAAGGUUUCCCUGUAACAGCAUUACGUGAGAUCACAAUUCUCGGAUCUUUCCAACACCCAUCAGUUGUAAAAAUGAAGGAAGUUGUUACAGACGAUUUCAAUGGCAUCUACAUGGUUAUGGAAUACAUAGAUCACGAACUCAAAGGCUACAUGGAAAAAACAAAGCAACCAUUCAGUCAAAGUGAAGUGAAACGCCUCAUGAUCCAGCUUCUUCAAGGGUUAGCUUUUCUUCAUGAGAAUUGGGUGAUUCAUAGAGAUUUGAAGACAUCAAACUUGCUUUUGGACAACAAUGGUGAUUUAAAGAUUUGUGAUUUUGGCAUGUCAAGACAAUACGGGAGUCCAGUGAAGCCGUAUACCGCGUUGGUGGUGACACUUUGGUACAGGGCGCCUGAGGUUUUGUUGGGGAUGAAAAAUUACACAACUGCCAUUGACAUGUGGUCUGUGGGUUGUAUAAUGGGGGAGUUGUUGUCAAAGAAGCCCCUUUUUGAUGGGAAUAGGGAGAUUGAGCAGAUUGAUAAGAUUUUCAAGACACUUGGGACCCCGAAUGAGAAGAUUUGGCCUGGGUAUUCAAAAUUGCCAGGGGUAAAACCGUCUUUUGUGAAGCAGAAUGGUAAUAGCUUGAGGAAGAGGUUUCCUGGAGCUAGUUUUAUGGGGACACCUGUGCUUACAGAGAUGGGGUUUGAUUUGUUGAAUAGGUUUUUGACUUAUGAUCCGGAGAAGAGAAUUACUGCUGAAGAAGCGCUUAAUCAUGGGUGGUUUCGUGAGAGUCCUCUUCCUGCUGAAUGUGUCAGGAUUUGUAAAUAGGGUUUCUUACAUGUAUGUUGUUUUAGGUGUAAUGUAUAAUGUUUGACUUGAUAUGCUCCAACUAUUAAUGCAUUUGAUGGUUUACGCCAA